AGCACCGAGCUUUUAUCUAUGAAUGAAACUGGACCUCUUUAUCUGCCGGGUGUGCCACCUGCCGGUGCGUCACGACCGCUCUGGCCAAUCCCGACGCAGUGAAUCCUCCGUGCGUCCUUGGAGAGAUCCCCGCUGUGGUGCUCACAUCGCCGUCCAAACCCACGGCGAGCCUCGUCCACCGUGAACCUUUAGCGCUUCAGAUGAGCCUGGAUUGGGACUGACGUAAGCCGACUGCUGCUGUGCCAAACGCGGACCCAUGCACACAAGUUUGACUGGAUUGCCAUUUCCACAUCUACUUCUGCUGCUUUUUGACACUAUUGAACGUUAUGAGGUAUUUCCAGACUUUGAACAAGAGAUGAUUUUCUGUUCCACUGUGGAUGAAAGAGCAAUGCGACGCCAUGAUCCGACCGGAGGAGGAUAGUCGUGCACCAACAGUAGACGGCAUUGUAACCAGAAGGCACUCCGCUGAAAGGUGACCUCCAGACACUUCACCUCCCCAAAACAUUUGAAUAUGCCAGGACAUAACAAUGAGCUCCAACAGCACAGACCCUGGUCUCUUCCUGACUGCAAACCCCUCACUGCCAACAGCCGGAGCCUACCCACAAUCCAAUGCUCUCCACCAGGGAGGAAGUGGAGGAGUUUCCUGGAGCAGUUUUCAUGGGAAUACCCUGGAUGAUAAUUCCUCUUCCGCCAGCAAACUCCUCAACCUCACCUCAGAAUCCCAAAAUGGGAAUAUAACUGAUCCCCUUAAUCCCUUGGGUGGCCACCCUUUGUGGCAGGUGGUCCUCAUUGUCUUGCUGACAGGUAUGCUUUCACUGGUCACCAUUAUUGGCAACAUCUUGGUGGUGGUAUCCUUCAAGGUUAAUCGCCAGCUAAAGACGGUCAAUAACUACUUCCUGCUGAGCUUGGCUGUCGCUGACCUCAUCAUAGGGGUCAUCUCCAUGAACCUCUACACAGCUUAUCUUGUGAUGGGAUACUGGGCAAUGGGCAACUGGGCCUGUGACCUGUGGCUGGCUAUAGACUAUGUGGCCAGUAAUGCCUCAGUUAUGAACCUACUGGUCAUCAGCUUUGACCGCUACUUUUCAAUCACCAGGCCUUUGACCUACCGGGCCAAACGGACCACUAAGCGAGCUGGGCUCAUGAUCGGCCUAGCCUGGUUUGUUUCUCUUGUCCUGUGGGCCCCAGCCAUCCUAUUAUGGCAGUAUUUUGAGGGUAAAAGGACAGUACCCUCAAAUGAGUGCUACAUUCAGUUCCUCGAAGAGCCCACUAUAACGUUCUGCACAGCUAUGGCGGCUUUCUACCUGCCUGUGACGAUAAUGAGUGUCCUCUACUGGCGCAUUUACAAGGAGACCCAGAACCGUUCAAAGGAGUUGGCUGGGUUGCAGGGUUCGGGGAGUCGUGGUGGGAUAGGAGGAAGAGGUGGUAAUGGCAGAGGAGAGAAAUCACGUUUUGUCCAUCAGACAGGAAGUUCUAGAAGUUGCAGCAGCUAUGAGCUGACCAGGCUAUCCCGGAGAAGGAGCACAUGUCGGGAACUGAUUGGCCGCUUCCACUGCUGGCCUGGGGUUCGUUCUUGGAGACCUGGUAGUAUCCGGCAGGGGGAAGGUGAUCCAGACCAGAGCAGCAGUGACAGCUGGAACAACAAUGAUGCUGCGGCCUCCUUAGACCACUCUGGGUCUUCAGAGGAUGAGGACUGUGGGGGCAAAGAGAUGAUUUCCCAGAGUCAUGCUAUUUUCUCAAUUGUUCUCAGCCUUCCUGGUAUAAAGGCUGCUGUCAACUCCCAACUCACCUCAUGUGAGGAUCUGGAUGCAGCAUCAGAGGAGGAUCCCCUCAGGGGAGAGGAGUAUAACCGAGACAGCCUCUCAAGAGUCACCGCCAACACCACUGCCACUACUACUCCCGACGAGGCAAACAGUUCAGAAAAUAGCUAUCACCAACGCUUCUGCUCACGAAAGAUUCAGUCAAUGCCUGCCAUCCAGGCUUCCUCUAACCAAGGCUCGGAUGGUCCCCCAACAACUACUACCACAGCCGCCGACAAUACCACCACCACCAGCACCACCACCAAAUCCCCCUCCGUGCCAAUGUCCUUCAAAGAUGCAGCUCUGGCAAAGCGUUUUGCAAGCCGGGCUCGGACUCAGAUCACUAAGAGGAAGCGUAUGUCCUUAGUGAAGGAAAAGAAGGCAGCUCAAACUCUCAGUGCCAUCCUCUUUGCAUUCAUCAUCACAUGGACACCGUACAACAUCAUGGUGCUGAUCAAUACCUUCUGUAAAGCUUGCAUCCCAGGGACCCUGUGGGCAGUAGGGUACUGGCUCUGCUACGUCAACAGCACGGUCAACCCCAUGUGUUACGCCCUGUGCAACAAGACUUUCCGUACAACCUUUAAGAUGAUUCUGCUGUGCCGCUGGGACCAGAAAAAGAGGAGGAAGCAGCAGUUCCAGCAGAGGCAGUCUGUGGUAUUCCACAGCAGGAUUCCCAGGGAGUCCACGUAAAGGACAGACAGUCAGGAUGGUUAAUACCAGGUAAUGGAACGAUUUAACAUAGGACAAGGGAAAGGAAGAAGCAGACAUCUUGUUGUUUUUUUGCUUAGAGAUCCAUAAUGUGUUUCUCUGCUGGUAUGUCAAGCACAGUGACCCUAUGUGGUUUUCUUGCGGUAUGUGUUUGUGUCAGUGCAUCCAUUGAGCAAAGCUGUUUGUAUGCAUAAAGGGUUGCGUGAGGUCAGGUUCAGAGAUGAAAACUUCCCUACUGUCCUUGAAGAACACUUUACCAUGUCAGUGUGGGAAACAAUAGAAAAGGGCUUUAAAAUGCAUUGCUGGAGAAUAUUUGAAGUGCAAUUGACACAAGGGAAAAGGAUGUCCUUGUAACGGGGUUUGGGAUUUCUUAUCAUUUCUCUCUGUGGGUAGCUAUAUCUGUAACGUGCAGAGUGGUUUUGCAUUUCAAACAAAACUAUGUAUCUGUAAAACGUCAGUGAAAGCCAAGACAAACACUAGUUUGUUUCACAGGCUUUUACAUUGUACUGAUUUGACCUGUCGUCCUCUUGACAUGUGUUUUUAUCAGAACUUCUGUACAUUGCCUUUCUAUCUACAUAGAUAUAGCUUUCCUGUGUCUGAUGGAAUAUAACAAGUUCUUGGAUUGUGUCCUUACUUUCAGUCAACAGAGAUCUUGUUAUUUUUGUGAUAUUCAUGUUUGGUUUUCUAGAUAUUCCUGAGAUUUUGAGCCAGUCUGAAAAUUAUUCUUCUGACAAACUGAGUUGUGAAUAUUUUGUGUGGCACUGCAGACAGUGAACUGCUGUUGUGUUCAAUGUGAUUGUUGUGGUUUUUAUGGUGGAGAAAAUAAGUACAUUGGUUGUGUGUUAUGUACUUGCAGUUCUCUGUCAUGAGUAAUGAUUAUACAUUGAUGAUAUUCUGUUUGUGUACAUUUCGAUAUUGACUGACUUGAUACACAAUGAUUGAUUGCACACAAAGAUGUUCAUUUAUAAAGAUGUGUGUUUUACACUAUCUUUUAGAUUUCUACAAAAUUAUACAUCUAAAAAAACUCUUUGUAAAUGGCCGUCCAUCUUUACUAAAGUAGAGCAAUGGCAGCCUCUAGUGGCUUGAGAAGGACAAGUGCAGGGUCAAAUUCCCAUUCUGCAAAUGGGAAGGAAAAAAUGGCCUUUAUUAAAUCAGAAUUGUGUAACAAUUAUUCACAUUGUAAGCCUGUUUUGUUUUGUGAAUUGACUUAUCGUUUCAUACAUUUAAUUUAGAUUUUAAAUAAAAAAUGUAUUUGGCAUUUUACAAAGGGAUGGCCACAAUCAUUGAAUUAACAAUACUUCUACUUUCUGUCAUAACCUGAUUAUUAUUUUUUUGUUUGAUUUCAUAUUAUUUAUGGGAGAUGUUUUUUUAUAUAUAUAAACAAGACAUACAGCAAAUUCAUGAAUAUUCAUCAGGUUUUCCGAUACAGCAAAUGGCCAAACACCACACACCAACAAAAGUCAGCAUAAAGAGGCCAAUCAUUUUUCAAAUUUAUAUUUGUUUUGCACUUUUUGUUAAUCAGAUUUUAAGUAGAUGGUUUAUACAUUUGUUGCCACACCUAAAUCUUGAAUAUUGUGUAAAAGAUAUUGAAGGCAAAGGAUAAACUGUAUGUCAACUGGCAUAUUGAAGAAUGGGUCAAUUGGAUUAUGUUGAUGCAAUGAUAUUACUUAUGUGUUGUAUGCAAAAGAUAUGUUAACAUUAUCCCAUGCUUGUCAUCAGUGGGUAUUUUGUUUGCUUUCAACACAAUGUGCUCGAGUGUCAUGAUGCAUUCUUUUCAUCAGAUUUUUGUAAUUAAAUUGGGAAUGUAAACUACCAAAAUGGUGAACACAAACAUUUUGUUACAUUUUAAGUCAUAAUCAUACUCAUACUUUAAGUCAAUAA